AUGGUUACGGAGGAGCUCCUGGAGGAUUGUCUCCAGAUCCUCCAGGAUAAAUCCCUGGAUGAAGAAGACCAGGUCGAGAAAAUCGAGGAGUUCCUCCGCGAAAAGACCUCGUUAUCAGGGACAUCACUCGAAAAUGCCGUCCUCGAUAUCCUUUGGCGACAGCGAAACCGCACAUUACCGGACUCUUCUCCACCACCGCCCCGUCACACGGUCAUUCGUCGCUCCUCUCCUGCUCCUUGGCAGAUGGCCCGAUCUUCCACACCUUUAUCACCUCAUUCGAACCUAGGGACCAGUCCCGGGAGUAGCUCUUGGCUGCAAAGCUCCAAAGGUGGUAUUUCGCGGCCUCCUCUAUCCUCCACAGUAUCGCCAUUCACCUCUCCUCGUCCGUCCCCGAGGCUCGCUCUCGCUCAACCUAUACCGCAUUCCCCGAAUCUGAACGCAUACGAAUUUUCGGACCAACAAAGUCAUGUGUCGGACUUUUACGGUGACCUUGGCAGUGACAGUAAUGUGGAUUGGCUGGUGGCGGACGAUGCGAUGAGUACAACUUCGUCUGUAGGCGGUUUGAGCAUGCAUGGCGGUCUCAGUGCAACAGCUCCGGAAUUCGUUCCUGAUAUGAGUCCUCACGAUAUAUUGCGCACCGUACUCGGAGACAAGCGAUCCAAUGAGGAAAUAGAAUCCGCUUUAGAAGCAAACGGGUAUGACUUAGGUGCCACCAUUGCUGCUCUCACUCAAGGAGCCGAUGCAGGUGCCGCUCCAAGCUUACCAGACGAUAGUCGCGUUGUCGUGGGAAAGUCCAUGACAAUGGAACCUCCCAAAAGCACGUCUACCCCAGGUCACAACCGAAGCCCCGUUGUGUGCAAGUACUGGCUGUCAACUGGUCAAUGUCUACGCGCAGAUUGUCGUUUCAGCCAUGACCUGACUAGUCAUCUUUGCAAGUAUUGGGUGAUGGGCAACUGCCUAGCUGGCGAUGGGUGUCCAUUUUCUCAUGAUCCCUCUGCACUGAUUGCGAAUCUCAGUGUUGACGGCAAUUCUUCGGCCACGUCUGCUGGCAUCGCUUUCCAAGUGGAUAAUGCGCCGGAUGCCUUCCCUCCUUUGCAAUCUACGCCCGGAUCUUCUGAGCAGUGGGCUGGUCAACUCGGUAGUAAAUAUCCAGGAUAUCUCUAUGGUGGGCCUGGAGGCAAAAAUGCACCACAUCUGGGAGGUAAAAGAAGUGGAAGUAUGACAAACCUGUCGCGUCCUCAUUCACGGCCAGGAAGCCGUCACCAACACCGAGAACUUAAUCCAACAGCUCUGUCUGUCGACGACCCAGAUGCGUUUCCUACGCUUGCUGCAGUCAAUGCGAAGAAUUCAGGAAAGAAGAAUCACGGAAGGAAGAACCGUGACAAUAAUACAACCAGAGAUAAUAUGCCUACGUCUCUGGCAGAUGUAGUACGCAUGUCUCCAGCUCCAGCUUCAGGAGGGAAGGGAAAACCCUCCUCUAAGAACAACCAGACAAAGGGUCGCGAAAACAGCGCCGCCGCGCAGUCAAUACCGGCGCCACAGCAUAUCCCUUGGCUUGAGACCGGUUCUCGAACAAACCAGCAAUAUAUCAAAUACAGAACGGAGGCGAUCCGCCACGGCACGGUGAGAAACAAGUUUCUCCAGAGUGCUGCUCAAGCGUGGAAUAGGAAUGACGCUAGAGCUGCAAAAGCUUUGUCGCUGCGCGGCCAGGCCGAAAAUGAAGCCAUGCGUAAAUGCCAUCGCGAAGCCGCCCGGCAGCUCUACGAAGAGCGCAACAAACACCUUCUAAACGCCGGCCUAGAUGACGCAUCCGAAGAACUAUACGUUGAUCUUCACGGCCUACACCCCGAAGAAGCAAUUGAAUACCUCGAGAAAAUCCUUCUCAAGCAUGCGCGAGAAGGCCGGCGGAUUAUCUAUGCCAUUACCGGCACAGGCCACCACUCCAAGAACGGUAAGGAUAAAAUCGGAAAAGCAGUCAAGGCGUGGCUCAACGAGUGGAAAUACCUUUUCCGAGAGUUCAGCGUGCCCGGGGAACGAGGCGGCUACGUUGGUGGGAUCCUGGGAAUUGACCCUUCCAGCUAUGAUAAGACUUUAGCGAAGAAUCUCGAGGCGGAGGCAAAUGGUGACGAGGACGCGAGUCAACCUGUUCUUACAAUGGGCAAGAUCCAGCUCCUUAAGCGUGGGGAUAUAGAAUCGCAGCAGUGA